AUGGCAGCAGAUACACAGCAAUGGGCAGUUGAGCAGCCACAAUCAAGGUCUGUUUUUGAGAUAUCUAAUGGUUCUCCAUAUAUGUCGGCACAAAUUGAAAAAAUGGAGAAAAAGCUUGAAAGAUUUGAUGCAAAAUUUGACAUGUUAUUACAAAGAAUUCCAGGUUCACAGGUUGCUGUACAGCAACCUUUACCAGCUGCCUGUAGCAUUUGCAAUGUGACAACCCAUGAUUUUUUGAGCUGUUCGCAUAAAGAUGCUUAUCCGGAAUUUGCAGCGGAACAAGUUAAUGCAUUUAAUAAUUUUCAGCGUCCACGAUAUGACCCGUAUUCAAAUGUUUACAACCCGGGUUGGAGAGAUCAUCCUAAUUUUAAGUGGGACAGAGAUCAGCCUGCAAGGCCACAAUUUCAACAACAGGUACAGCAAACUGCUGCGCCUAAGGCUGCUUGGGAGGUUGCAAUUGAAAAAUUAGCAAAUGCCACCAGUCAAGAAUUCCAAAAUCUGCGGCAACAGUGA